CCGGUUCCUCUUGGUGCUUUCGGUUAUAACAGAUUCGUUUGUUUUUUUUGUGUUGAGAUGGUGCUGCAUAAUAUUGAAGAGUCAUAAUAAUAGUAUGUAGUUAUCUUUAAUAUGGUGAAGUAUUGUAAUGAUUGGUUCUGAUUGUUUUAUGAACUCGGACUGCUCGGGUUUCUCUGGAUAAUUCCGGUUAUAAGAGAUUCACCACUGAUACAAUGAUACUGCGUACUAUUAGAGUUGCGUAAUACGAGUGUACAAUUUUCUUUACGUUCGGUAAAAUAAAUAAUUUGGAUUUGAAAUUUUUGGUUCUAAAAGUGUUUUUGAACAUUGAAGUUAUCUGGCUCUUGUAAUCUAGAUGUUCUUGUGCCAGUGACAUUGCAUUCUUAUUAAAUGAUGUGUAUUGACAGUCUUUCUCUUCGAAACAUGUGGGUUAUGUUACUUCAUAGUAAGUUGAAACUUGUUUUAAAAUUUUGUAAUUAGUGGAAACAUUUGGUAAAAGUGUGAUAGAGAACGUGUGUGCAGGGCUAUAUUCCCAGAAGUCUUUCAGCGACUGUGUUUAUUAAACAAACAACACUACUUUUUCACUGAGAUUUUAGUUGGUGCCUUUUACUGAAAUAUUCUGUGAAUCCGUGAGUCAUCUUUCUUGCAAAUGCGUUCAAAUGAUCCAAAUAUUUCUUUUUUAUAAUUUGGAAUAGUGUUCACAAAUACAAAGUUGCAUUAAUACAAGCGGCCAGAGAACUUUGAUGUAAAAGAUAGCUUCAGGUCUCACAGCAACACAGUGUUCCGACAGUCCAUUACGAAGGAAAGGGGCUUUUGCACUAGUGAUUCGUGUGUUGAAAUAAAGUUACGACAUUCGUAGUAACGAAUAACGUUAUGAACGACGUGACAUUCGUAGUAACUUUUCUGAAACAUUUCUUCAAAUAUCUGUGGUUCGAUAACUGAGCCGAUUAAGAAGAAAGACCUCGGGGGUUCAGCAAAAUACCUUGGUGAACUUUUAUUCAUAAGCUCCAGAAAGCAUCUGGAAACUUCUUGAAGUGAAUGUUUCAACGAGAUGUCGUGCGAACAGAGACGUUGGGUUAGCGAGGGCAUAGUUGCCCUGCGAUGCCGGAUGGGGCCGGGCCGGGCUGAGCUGGAGGAGCGGGCUGGAGCAGACUGGUGCGAAUUGGUGCAGGUUGGAGCUGGCGGAAGUGGGCUGGAGGGGACUGGAACGGUCCGGACAAGCGGGGUUGCCGCCGCCGCAGCUGUAGCGCCGCCGCAUGGUGCUGCCGCCCCCGCUGUCGUCGCCGCCGCAGACGCCGCCGCCGCCGCCACCGCGCCCCGCGCCGCCUCAACCGUUCCUCGCCCCGCUCGCAGAGCCCCUCCGCCGCCGCCUGCAGCCGCCGCCGCCGCCGCCGCCCGGCAGCCGGUACUUGAUGGUGAGGCCUACGGCGUCCGUGUCGCGUAGCGCCUGUCGCUGCCCCACUGCCCUCCAGGGCUGGCCCCGCCGAUGGACAAGAACUGAACGCCAACCCCUCCUCCCUUUGAGCAAAAGACUGAGCGUGUGCGCGGACGCCCGCUUCCCCGACUGCCAGUGGUAAACAAAUCGGCGAAUCGAAUCGGAGGCUGUGAACGAAUCGG